ACUUACCGGCUUGAUUCAUUUAUUAGGCACCGGGACUCCCAAGCACCAUCUAGAAAAUGCGACCAUUUUUGAGGCUUAAGAGUCUAGCCAUUAAGCCUUUUCCUGUCUAAUGUCCGAGGCAUGACUGCUUAAUUUGUACAUCACCCGACGAACGUCUGUGCAGAUCUCCUCCGAUCAUCCAAUCUCCCUGGAGAUCACCUUCUGGGGUAUCAAUCCGGGCAAGACAUCACGAAUCCCAAUCUCCCGCGCUCAGAGAAUGCCAAAGACUGGUGUCCUGGUAUAAAGUCCAAUGCCCUAGGCCCAUGGAUUCAACCCAAGCAUGGAAACGGUCUCUAUCUCACCCCUAUACCCAUGGACCAGAGAACCCGGCUGCGCAAGGCUUGUGAUGCCUGCAGUAUUCGAAAGGUGAAAUGUGAUACAAGCGGGCCGCCCUGUCGGUCGUGCGCAAGCUUGGAUAUCCCUUGUACCUAUGAGCGACCAAGCAGGCGCCGUGGUCCUCCCAAUCGCCAUGCAGAAGCGCUUAAACGACAGAAGCUCACGGCAUCACCCGUUGGCUCUCCCACCCCAUCUGAUCAUGCAUCUCCAGAAUCGACAGGGCUCCUGAACAGUCAGCCUUUUGCGCCACCAACAGUUUUCUCCUUGGAAUUAAUAUGUCCAUUAUCUACUAUACGACUUUUGAUCGAUGAUUACUUCACCUACAUUCACCCGCUAAUACCCGUCCCUCAUGAACCGACAUUCCGAGCUGCCCUUGAUCGAAGAGAGGAUGUUAGCAACCGUACCUUCCUGGCCCUGGCGGCCUCUAUGAUUGGGACUCUGGUGGCCUCGUUUCCACGAAGGCCAAAGCUUCAUUUAAAGACUGCAGCCGAAAAGGCAGCGUACCCGCACUCCAUGGCAUUGGUUAAGAGAUGUCGGGACGUGGCUGUCCAAGCAAGAGGUGCGGGAUAUCUCGAACGGAGCUUGACAAUCUACGAUGCAGCCAUCGGCUAUUUUCUGUCUAUUUGUGCCGGCUAUAUGUACAGUAUGCGGACAUGUCGCUCAUAUCUGUCCGAAUGUUUGACGAUACUGCAUGUGUAUGAUUUAUGCGGCCAUAGUACCCGAAUUCGGACGAUGAGUCCACCGAGCCCAGACUCCUUCUCAUCGCGCCUAUCGCAGGACCAUCCUGGUCAGCCAGGAGAUGGCCAGCUCGAUAUCAUCGAACUGGAACUCGGGCGGCGUCUGUUCUAUGCUGUCUUAGUUGGGUACCGAACGUUGCAGCAGAUGGGGUCAACUGACUCUACUUUUCAUAUUCCUCCAGAAACUCCGACCGAGCGGUAUCCUCCCUUACCCCUCGAAAUAGAUGAUGAGUUUAUCUUUUCGACUCAUGUUGAAUCUCAACCGGCAGACAGAGUUUCCCGCCUGGUGGGGUUUAAUCUUAAUGUCCGCAUAUAUAACUCGUACAACCAAGUGUCAGCUUGGGAAGUUGCAUUUGGUAGCGGCCAGCCUUUUGACUGGGAACGGCAAAGGGCUGCUAUCUGGGAAAGCCUACAGAAAGCCAAAUCCGCCGUCGCUGACGUACCAAGAGAGUACUCCCUACAUGGGUCAGUAUCGGGUCAGGGUCCUGGCCCGAGCCCCUCAGAGGAUCUAAAUUCCUUUGAUAGGCGACACAUUCAAUACGAGAUUCAGAAGGCAAACAUCUACGCAAGCCAGCUAGGGACUCGGUCUUAUCUGGUUGAGAAGUACUGGGCACUGUAUGCCGCUUGGAAGGUAUACCGGAAGCGGGCCGAACAAGCGACCCAUACGAGUCCAUCGCCGGUCAAGGUCGAGGAAGACCAGCCCAACACGCUCGAGGCUGAUGCUGAUGCGCAAUCGGAUCAUAUUGGAGCCACCAUGGCGGAAGAGCGUCGAAUUGUGAUUCGUGAUAUGUUGGUUUUGAUACGAUCUAUCAACGAGGUCAUCAUGGAGCCAAACGGGCUUAGCUUUACCGCCAAAGUCCGCCAGGUCGCCUCUACGCUUCUUAAUCUUCCCAACCCUAAUAAGGAACCGGCUGAUUCCACCGCUUUGACAGCGGGGCCGCACCCGCUGACCGUGGCUGAGGCGGAGUCUUACCUCCAUGCAUUCAUCGAUACCCUCAUGCGUCUGGAGGGAAUGGCAGUUCCGAGCCCGUCAAUGGCUGCAGCUAGUCCACAGACAAAUGGCCGCUCAAUGAGCUAUCUCAGUGAUAUAGACCGCGACGAGGAGGAACUACGCAAGUGGGCCAGUGUCAAGGAGUAUCAAGCAAGGUUUGCAGCCACAGGAGGAUGGCUUUCAGAACUAUGAUCUGAUGCUGUUAUCUUCAUUUUGUAUAUAUAUGUGUGUGUGUGUUCUUCUCUGGCUGUAUACACCUGGGAUGGCGUACGGGCGAGUCUAACGGACUGGAUGGAGUUACGGAUGAGGGGUCUGAUGUAUAUUUUCUUGGGCGGCGUUAAUGUCAUAGAUAUCCAUCUGCAUAUUCUACUC